UUUUAUUGUUAUUGCUUUGUAAUAUAGUUUGAAGUCAGGCAUUGUGAUACCUCCUGCAUUGUUCUUUUGACUGAGUAUUGCCUUGGCUUUCGUGGCCUCUUGCAUCCACCAUCUCUUGAACAGAAGUUUGCCUAAAUUCCCUAGGCAAACAAAAACACUUUCUUACUCUGCUAGUUCUUCAGGGUGGAACACCCACCACCCCCACUGCCCCAUGGAAGUCCUUGCUGAUAUCAGGCCUCACUCCAACACUUUCCUCUUCUCCCUCCAGGACAAGAGGCGAAGGUACGGCAUGCUGCAAUCUCAGGAGUCUGGCAGUUCUGUCUUCUACCCCUCUCAGGACAAGGAACUUGGCCCAGACAGUGGGGACUGUACCAAAAGCAUGGGAGCGUCCUUCAGCCUGGGGCAGGCCAAAGAUGCCCGGCUUUUGAGCGGUGACUCCACCACCAAUCACGGUCUGGACCUCUCCCAGAGACGAAGGGCAUACAGUACCAACCAGAUCACCAACCACAAGCCCUGCCCACGGACCACCACAGCCAGCGACCCUACUGUGUCUGCUAGGACACCACUGCGAAAAGCCAGGCUGCAGGACCUCACCAAUCACACCAGCCUGGACAGCCCACCGUGGCAGAUUGACUUGCAGCCCUUGGUGAACAGUGGCCAGGACCCGUGCCAGGGUCCCAAACUCCAUGGCCCAGGGGCCCGCAGACCCUCCCUACUGCCUCAAGGCUGCCAGCCCUUCCUGCUUUCUGGCCAGGAGACCCAGACCUGGAGCUCCAUGAGGGAGUUAGAGCCUGGGUCCAGCCUGAAGCCUGCUCUGGACAGCCGCAGCCCUGGGGACCUGGAGCCAUCCCAUCACCCGUCCGUCUUCGAGACAGAGACAUCCUCAGACUGGGAGCCCAUGGCCGAGUCCGAGGCGGGGGCCAGUCCGGGGAGGCCUACCACCCGCCCUGUGCUGGGCAAGGCCCUGGUGAAAGGCCUGCGCGACAGCCAGCACCUGCAGUGGGAGGUGAGCUUCGAGCUGGGGCCCCCCGGACCGGAGCAAGGCAGCGCGCGCGAUGUCGACCUGUGGAGUGAGACCUUCCACCAUCUGGCGGCCCGCGCCAUCAUCCGAGACUUCGAGCAGCUGGCGGAGCGCGAGGGGGAGAUAGAGCAAGGGUCCAGUCGGCGUUACCAGGUGAACGCAGUGCACACCAGCAAGGCCUGCAACAUCAUAAGCAAGUACACAGCCUUCGUGCCUGUGGACAUGAGAAAGAGCCGGUACUUGCCCAUGGUGGUGGAGUACCCCAACUCCGGUGCCACAUUUCGGAUGCUCAGCUCCCGGGUUCUGACCCGGCAGUGGAGGGGCACCUCUACUGGCUUCGGACGGCCGCAGACCAUGCUCAGAGAAGACUCAGCCGCGGGAGAUGGCAAAUUUCAGACCCUAACCAUGGAGGAAAGUUCCACCAUGCCCUUCUGUGAGGUCCCGUCCCUCGGCCACGAGAAGCGUGCUGUCUCAGAAGGUCCCCUGCGCAGUCUGCCCACCAAUGUCCUGUCCUCCAUGAAAGCUUCAGAGACUCUCUUUGGAUCCAGGCUGAGUCUCAGCAAGUCCAGACUGCUGUCGCGAGCAGCCAAGGGUUUCCUCAGCAAGCCACUAGUCAAGGCUCCUGAGUCAACCUCGGGGAGCCAGAACUUGGACUACUUACCACUGGUGUCACUGCAGCUGGCCUCCGGAGCCUUCCUGCUCAACCAAGCCUUCUGCGAGGCUAUCCACAUCCCCAUGGAGAAGCUCAAGUGGACCUCACCCUUCACCUGCCACCGAGUGUCCUUCACCACCCGCCAACCUGAUUCUAAGACCUCGAGUCCCCAGCUGUGCAUCCUCCCUUCGCCUCGGCACCUAUCCUGUGACAGCGUCUCCCUGGAGUCUGCAGCUGAGGGCAGGUCAGGCUUGGAGCCCAGAGUGCUGGUGGAGCACACCGGCAAGCUGUGGGCCACUGUGGUGGCCCUGGCCUGGCUGGAGCACAGCUCAGCCUCCUACUUCAUCGAGUGGGAGCUGGUGGCAGCCAAGGCCAACUCGUGGCUGGAGCAGCAGGAGGUGCCCGAGGGCCGCACGAGGGGCACGCUCAAGGCUGCCGCCCGCCAGCUGUUCGUGCUGCUGCGGCACUGGGACGAGAACUUAGAGUUCAACAUGCUGUGCUAUAACCCGAAUUAUGUGUAG